AUUUCCCACAACACCUGUUUCACGUGGAUGAGAGCAACUUGGAUGUGGAAAAAGAAAGAAAAUGAUCAUUUUUGGAGCGAUCACUGGCAGUGCCAUGGCUGGCUAAGGAGGAUUAGCGAGCUGGUGACACACUACGGAGAUCAAGUAAACAAUGCUGACUUUUUGCCACCAGCUAGUAUGCUGAGUAAAAACGGAGAACCAACCGAAGGAGACUUACAUCCACAGUUAACAUUUGAGAAGAAGCCCUCGGAGAAGCACGUCUGUAACGUGUGGAGAAAUUCAUCGCUGUCAGUAAUGUGUUUGUGGAGAUCACGUAAACAAUGCGAAUUUAGCCACUGGCUAGCAAACGAGCUCUGGGGUGUGUUGGGAGAUGGCAGACUGCAUGAACGAAGAGAACGAACGCACAAAAGAGAGGAGUAUUGAGUUGAAGAACUUUGGAACUGACGCGUUGGGACUGGACUGGGAGUUCUGAUACGAAGAAAAGACGAAUGAGCAACUUGAGGGGAUCGUAACAUAUACAGCUUCCGGACAUGAUGACAACCUUUCAAACGUUAUGUGUCCUUGGAUUUCAUUGUUUAUUAUUCAAACUAACAAGUACAGCAAUAGUGUAGCUAGUCUCUUCUACUUCUUAGUUGAAUUAUCAGACUUCAUGCUUCCAGGGCGCACUGCUGCCCUCUGCUGGUUCUUUCAGGUUACAGUCAUAGUCCAAACGCACAAAGCGGAGCUCGUAUGUCCCAAAACAGCUACUGUAUUUUAAGAUGGUGGUUUACCAUGGAGCGUUGAACACAGUUUAUGUAUUUAAAAAUGUAAAAUUUCAAGCUAAGAGGAAUAUUUAGAAAUUACGUUGGUGAGAAAAGGACAAGUUUGUGAACUGGAAACACAGGGUUUAUAGUAAACAGGUAAAUUUAUUACACACUGGAACACACUUAAGGAUUUAAGCCAUUUAGAAAUAUUUUCAAUACUUGCUAUAUUUAAACAUGGCUAUUUGUGGGAAAAAUAAUCUGUCCUGUUUGUGCGUGUGUGCAGCGGAGAGGGACUUAAAGGGGGUCUCAUCCAGGGAGUAAUUCAAUAGGGAUCUGCCACUGCCUCCAAAAACUAACAAUGUCAGAUCUUUAACAAUUUGGUGAGUGGGGACUCCACAAGUGAGAAGUGGUUUUAUGUAAAUUUCCCUUUUUAUGACUAAACAAAAGAGGAAGAUUUUUAACCCUUUAGCUUGUUUUAGGCAUAUAAAUCAUUAACCAAAUACUGACCGAAAGUUAUUGGAUACAUGUUUACAUUCAGAGUGUAUAAAGAGGCAAUAGUGACCCAUAAAGCAGUACAAAGUAUGUAAAAAGUCAGAUGUUCAUAAAAUGCCCUCUUUAAAGUUUAUUAUUCUGUAUAACUCACAUCUAGAUUUGUUCUGGUAACACCUUGGAGAAAAGAUGUCCAUGGUAACAUAACAAUAAGGGAGGAUCUUGAGCUUCUAUAACAAACCUAAAGAAGACAUAGAUAACCAAUGAAGAGAUUUGGUGGGACAGCAGAGGUCUAACACUCCUCUAAUGAUGGUAGAAGAAGAACAUGAACUCUGCUUUCCACAACUCCUCAAUGACUCCUGCAAGAAAAUAGAGCAUUCUUAUUUUGAAAAUAUCUUUAUGUCAUUUAUACUUUGUUUUAUUUCUCUGAUCACUGUACUUCUCAACUUGCUGCUAAUCAUCUCAAUAUCUCAUUUCCGGCAGCUCCAGACCUCCACCAACCUCCUCCUCCUCUCCCUGGCUGUCUCAGAUUUCUUUGUGGGCUUUCUACUUUUAUUUCAGAUUAUGCUGAUAGAUGGAUGCUGGUAUCUUGGUGACCUCAUGUGUAUUUUAUAUUUCAUUUUAGAUGUAUUUAUUACUGCUGCUUCAGUGGGAAAUAUGGUGCUCAUAUCUAUUGACCGUUAUGUGGCUAUAUGUCAUCCUCUACAAUAUCCCACAAAAGUCACAGUGAAAAGAAUUCAACUUUGUAUUUCACUCUGUUGGAUCUGUUCUCUUGGUUAUUCCAUUGUGUUUUGGAGUGAUAAUCUGAAACAGCCAGGCAGGUUUAGUUCCUGCUCUGGAGAGUGUAUUGUUAUUGUUGGCUUUAUUGAACAAUUUGUAAGUCUUCUUUUAACCUUUGUUAUUCCCAUAACUGUCAUCAUUCUGCUCUAUCUCAGAGUGUUUGUGGUGGCUGUGUCACAGGUUCAGGCCAUGCGUUCUCAUGUUGCAGCUUCCUCACAAAAACAUUCAGGGACAGUUAUUAUCCAGAAAUCUGAGCUGAAAGCAGCCAGGACUCUGGGGGUUGUUGUGGUUGCGUUUUUGAUGUGCCUGUGUCCAUAUUAUUGUGUCAUACUUACAGCUCAGAGCACGAAACUCAAUAAUUUAUCAGCUUUAUUUUUUGUAUGUUUAUUUUACUUUAAUUCUUGUCUCAACCCCAUGAUCUAUGCUCUUCUCUAUCCCUGGUUUAGAAAAGCUAUAAGACUUAUUGUUACACUUCAUGUACUGAAGUCUGGCUCAGCUGAUUUCAGAAUACUGUAAAGUAAAACUAAGAUGAUUAUUAGAUGCUAAAAAAAGAAUAAAAUCUGA